UCCAAACUAGUAGUUUGAAUGGAAAGCAGCGAGAAAAACUGUCCUCCAUUAUUAGUAUACUGUAUGGGAAGAGAAAUUUGAAGUCUUUUGUGGGGAUUGUAGUUUCGUGGGUUGGCAAAUUCAAAACAUGAGCAAAGUUUUCAAAAUACACACUGUUUCCAAAAGUUUGAAAACAAUGGGAUCCAUAGAAAAUGAAACUGAAACUUUCUCUGAAGAAUGGUUGAAAAUAGACACUUUCAAAGACUGGUUGGAACGUGUUGCAGAAGAUCAAUAUAAAGCAAGAUGUUCAGUGUGUAAUAUCACAUUAGAUUGCAAUAUAAGUCAAUUAAGCAAACAUUCUGGAUGCUCAGGACAUCAAACAGCCAUCCAAAAUUCGAGAAAAAGGAAAGCUGUAAUUGGGCAGCUAAUAGGNAAAGUAAACAUGGCAAACUCUUCAGGCAGCAGUGGUCAACCUCGAAAGAUCAUACUCUUGCGACGGAACUUGGAACCUAACAUAAAAUGUGAAGUUGUAAGGGAAGCAGUUAGUGAGGACUCAGAAGGGGAUACUGGUAUAACAGUGAUUUCCUCUCCGUCUGUGAUGGAAAAGAAUCUACAUUUGAAUGAGAUGCAGCUGGCACAACGCAAGCGCAAGACAUUUCGCUUGGAAUGGCUUGAUAUUCCAGAAUUCAAGGACUGGCUGAGUCCAGACCCAGACAGUCCAUAUAAGGCUCGUUGUCUUGCUUGCAACACAGUUCUAAAUGCAGGCAAGAGUGAGUUAGAGAAGCAUGCUACAGGUGCCAAGCAUGAAAGAGCUGUAGUAGCUCUAAAACGAAUGGUUCUUGAACAGCAGGUGUGGGAUGAAUCUAAUGAGAUGAAUGAGGCAGAUGACGAGGAUGACGAUGAAAUAUAUGACUCAAGUGUAAAUGUGGGAACGCAAACCACAUUUACUGGUGAGCACCUGGAACAGAAUCAGCAUCUGGAGGUGCUGAAUCGCAUCGCCUCCUCUGUUGACAGUUUGGCGGCAUCUGCCGCAAGUGCUUUUGAGAGCCUCGCCAGACACCAAGAGACAAUGAGUAACAUAUUAAUGCAGCUGGUCAACAAGUAGUUUUGAUUUUCAAAUUAAUUUGUUUAGUACAAUAUAUGUUUAUUUUUACGUGUAUGAAUUGCAUGAAAUUAAAUUGAUAACAACAUUAA